AUGUCUAUAAAGUGCCGUCCUGCGCCCUCCUCUGGACCACGCACUUCUCUCUCUCUCUCUCUCUCUACUGAUUUUCCUUCGUCGAUCUUCUCCUCCUCCUCCUUCUCUCCUCUCUCCGCAAUCUCAGUCGCGGUCGCUUCCGCAUCAGUGACGGAGCCUUCGAAUUUGAGGGAUGGCGAGCCGGAAUCUGGAGAAGCUGGCGUCCAUCGAUGCGCAGCUCAGGCUUCUGGUUCCGUCGAAGGUGAGCGAGGACGACAAAUUGGUGGAGUACGACGCCUUGUUGCUGGAUCGGUUCCUCGAUAUUCUUCAGGACUUGCACGGCGAAGAUCUCAAGGAGACGGUACAAGAGUGCUAUGAGCUUUCUGCCGAGUAUGAAGGCAAACAUGAUCCCCAAAAGCUGGAGGAGCUGGGAAAUGUUUUGACCAGUCUGGAUCCAGGGGAUUCCAUUGUUGUUGCCAAAUCUUUCUCCAACAUGCUUAACUUGGCAAACUUAGCCGAGGAGGUUCAGAUUGCUUACCGCCGGCGUAACAAGUUGAAGAAGGGGGAUUUUGCCGAUGAGAACAAUGCAACAACUGAGUCGGACAUCGAGGAGACGCUCAAGAGGCUUGUGGUGCAGCUGAAGAAGUCUCCUGAAGAAGUAUUCGAUGCUCUUAAGAAUCAAACAGUGGAUCUUGUCUUUACUGCUCAUCCUACGCAGUCAGUACGGAGAUCUUUGCUUCAGAAGCAUGGAAGGAUCCGAGAUUGUUUGGCCCAACUCUAUGCUAAGGACAUCACUCCUGAUGACAAGCAGGAGCUUGAUGAAGCACUUCAGAGAGAGAUACAAGCUGCAUUCCGCACAGAUGAAAUCCGAAGGACCCCUCCAACUCCACAAGAUGAGAUGAGAGCUGGAAUGAGCUAUUUCCAUGAAACCAUCUGGAAGGGUGUUCCCAAGUUCUUACGCCGGGUUGACACAGCUUUGAAGAACAUAGGAAUCAAUGAGCGUGUUCCUUAUAAUGCGCCUCUUAUUCAAUUUUCUUCUUGGAUGGGUGGUGAUCGCGAUGGUAAUCCAAGAGUAACCCCUGAGGUCACGAGAGACGUUUGCUUAUUAGCUAGAAUGAUGGCUGCCAACUUGUACUAUUCCCAAAUCGAAAAUCUUAUGUUUGAGCUGUCUAUGUGGCGUUGCAGUGAUGAGUUACGUGUUCGUGCGGAAGAACUCCAUAGAUCCUCAAGGAGAGAUGCAAAACACUAUAUAGAGUUUUGGAAACAAGUGCCGCCGAAUGAACCCUACCGUGUGAUACUUGGUGAUUUGAGGGAUAAGCUGUAUCAGACACGUGAACGUUCUCGUCAGAUGUUAUCCAAUGGUAUCUCCGACAUCCCCGAAGAGGCAACUUUCACCAAUGUUGAGCAGCUCUUGGAACCUCUGGAACUUUGCUACAGAUCGCUCUGCUCAUGUGGUGAUCGGCCAAUAGCUGAUGGAACCCUUCUUGAUUUCUUGAGACAAGUUUCCACUUUUGGCUUCGCACUCGUCAAACUUGAUAUCAGACAAGAAUCCGAUAGACACACUGAUGUACUAGAUGCGAUCACAAGGCACUUGGAAAUUGGGUCCUACAAGGAGUGGUCCGAAGAGCGCCGCCAGGAAUGGCUCUUGUCUGAGCUCAGCGGCAAGCGCCCGCUGUUUGGUCCUGAUCUUCCUCAAACUGACGAAAUCGCGGAUGUGCUAAACACGUUCCAUGUCAUAGCAGAGCUCCCUGCUGAUAGCUUCGGGGCCUAUAUCAUCUCGAUGGCCACUGCUCCAUCCGAUGUGCUGGCAGUGGAGCUCUUACAACGCGAGUGCCAUGUGAAGCAACCACUGAGAGUUGUUCCGCUGUUUGAGAAGCUCGCAGAUCUGGAUGCUGCUCCUGCUGCUGUGGCACGACUUUUCUCAAUCGAUUGGUACAGAAAUCGGAUCAAUGGCAAGCAGGAAGUUAUGAUCGGCUAUUCAGAUUCCGGCAAGGAUGCUGGACGUUUAUCUGCAGCGUGGCAACUUUAUAAGGCCCAGGAAGAGCUUAUAAAUGUUGCUAAAGAGUAUGGCGUGAAGCUUACUAUGUUCCAUGGCCGUGGUGGCACGGUCGGGAGAGGAGGUGGUCCCACCCAUCUUGCCAUAUUGUCUCAGCCACCAGACACUAUCCACGGGUCACUUCGGGUUACCGUUCAAGGCGAGGUUAUUGAGCAAUCAUUUGGAGAGGAGCAUUUGUGCUUUAGAACUUUGCAACGUUUUACCGCUGCUACCCUAGAGCAUGGAAUGCACCCACCAAAUGCCCCAAAACCUGAAUGGCGUGCGCUGAUGGAUGAGAUGGCCAUUGUGGCUACGGACAAGUACCGCUCAAUUGUUUUCAGAGAGCCUCGUUUUGUCGAGUACUUUCGCCUUGCCACCCCAGAGAUGGAAUAUGGUCGUAUGAACAUUGGGAGCCGUCCAGCAAAGCGAAAGCCCAGCGGAGGCAUUGAGUCACUUCGUGCGAUCCCUUGGAUUUUUGCAUGGACUCAAACAAGGUUUCACCUUCCGGUGUGGCUUGGUUUUGGGGCCGCGUUCAAGCAUGUUAUUGAGAAGGACAUUCGGAAUCUGCAUAUGCUGCAGGAGAUGUAUAACGAGUGGCCUUUCUUUAGAGUCACCAUUGACUUGGUUGAAAUGGUGUUUGCCAAGGGUGACCCUGGAAUAGCUGCCUUGUAUGACAAGCUCCUUGUCUCUGAAGAUCUUUGGUCGUUCGGGGAGCGAUUGAGGUCUGGUUAUGAAGAAACAAAGAAACUUCUUCUCCAGGUUGCUGGUCACAAGGAUCUUCUGGAAGGGGACCCCUACCUGAAGCAGAGAUUGCGUCUCCGAGAUUCGUACAUCACAACCCUAAACGUUUGCCAAGCGUACACACUCAAACGUAUCCGAGACCCAACCUACAAUGUGGAGUUGCGGCCUCACAUCUCUAAGGAGAUCACUGAGUCAAGCAAAACAGCUGAUGAGCUCGUGAAGUUGAACCCGACGAGCGACUACGCCCCUGGUCUGGAGGAUACCCUCAUCUUGACCAUGAAGGGUAUUGCUGCUGGCAUGCAGAACACCGGCUAAACACACGGGACGAUCUCCCUUCCUUUUCUCAUCCGUUUCAUUUUAAAAGCAUUAUUCCCAGAAAAUUCUAAGCUAUACACACCCGAAGCUGAUGCUUCCGAAGCUGAUGCUGUAUAAUUAUACACCUUCGGGUGGAAUUUCUGGGUGAGCUAUGCAAUCGGAUUGUCACGUUUGAGCUUUUUAGCGGGUCACCUUUCUUGCUUAUUUAAGAAUGGACUGUACAAGACUGGUCUUGGCCCUUUUGGGUUUCCAGAGAAUAACACAGUCACCACCUUCUGAUUCC